ACGGAGCUCUGGAAACUUUUCAGAAAGCACAGAUUAUCCCAAAGUGUUUAAGUAGCCUAUCUAAAAUGGUAUCGAUUAAACGGUUGACAUCUCUGCUCUCUGUGUCUUGGGAGCAAACGCUCGUAUGUUUGGGUAGUUUGUUCAUUACACUCUUCAUUUUGGUGGUGAUUUGCAAGCUCCUAAAGCAGCGGAGACCCCGAGGGUUUCCCCCUGGACCGACACCUUUACCCCUGAUAGGGAAUAUUCUAUCCCUAGCCACCGAGCCUCACGUCUACAUGAAGAGGCAGAGUGAUAUCCACGGACAGAUUUUCAGUCUAGACCUGGGAGGAAUCUCGACUGUUAUUUUAAAUGGUUAUGAUGCCAUUAAAGAGUGCCUGUAUCAUCAAAGUGAGGUUUUUGCAGACCGCCCAUCCCUCCCUUUAUUUCAAAAGAUGACAAAAAUGGGAGGACUUCUGAACUGCAAAUAUGGUCGAGGCUGGAUUGAACACCACAAACUGGCUGUGAACUGCUUCCGCCACUUUGGCAGUGGUCAGCGAAUGUUUGAGAGGAUUUCUGAGGAGUGCCUGUUUUUUCUGGAUGCCAUUGACCAGCACCAGGGGAAGCCCUUUAACACUAAGCAUCUCGUCACCAAUGCCGUCUCCAACGUCACCAACCUCAUUAUCUUCGGCCAGCGUUUCACCUACGACGAUGGUGAUUUUCAGCACAUGAUUGAGAUCUUCAGUGAGAAUGUGGAGCUGGCCGCCAGUGGCUGGGCUUUCUUGUACAACGCCUUCCCCUGGAUGGAGUACGUGCCAUUCGGGAAGCAUCAAAAGCUGUUUCGCAAUGCCAACAAGGUGUACAAAUUCCUUCUGCAAAUCAUCAAUCGCUUCUCACAGGGAAGGAUUCCGCAGUCGCCGCAACAUUACAUUGAUGCCUACUUGGACGAAAUGGAGCAGAGCGCCACCGAUAAAGCGACUUCUUUUUCUCAAGAUAAUCUCAUUUUCUCGGUUGGAGAACUCAUCAUUGCAGGCACAGAGACCACCACAAAUUGUCUGCGCUGGGCUAUGCUCUACAUGGGUCUAUAUCCCAGGAUACAAGAAAAGGUCCAAAUGGAGAUCGAUUGCGUCCUGAACGGCAGACCACCUGCUCUUGAAGACAAGCAGAGGAUGCCAUAUGUGGAGGCAGUGCUGCAUGAAAUCCUGCGCCUUUGCAAUGUCGUCCCACUGGGCAUCUUCCGCGCUACGUCUCAAGAUGCGAUGGUGCGUGGCUACACUAUCCCCAAGGGCACAAUGGUCAUCACUAACUUGUACUCGGUGCACUUUGAUGAGAAGUACUGGAGCGACCCAUCCAUCUUCUGCCCAGAGCGCUUCCUUGACUGUAAUGGCAAAUUUGUCCGGCAUGAAGCGUUUCUCCCCUUCUCAAUAGGUAAGCGGCACUGUCUGGGAGAGCAGUUGGCCAGGCUGGAGAUGUUCUUAUUCUUCACCACAUUGCUUCAGAGGUUCAGCCUUCAGUUCCCCGAAGGCUUUAUUCCAAGUCUCUCUCCGAAACUGGGCAUGACCCUUCAGCCUCGGCCAUACGCCAUAUGUGCCAUCAGGAGACAGCAGUAAAAGUUCCCCCGUGAGCUCUGGAACACAUGCACUCACCUCAGGGGAUCCUUCCAAGAAACGCAAAUGGCAGAGCAGUUCCCCAUCUUAAAUUCCAUCAGGUUUUUCAAUGGGGAAUAUUGACCUCUGAUAUUGACUUGUUAAAUUCUCUGAACGUGUCCUUUAAAGUUUCACAGAACCCAGCCUGAGAGUGAUAAGAGUACUGUUACAGAACACAUGGCGUGUAGAGCACAGAAUUAGCACAUGUGUGUUACCAAACGAGUACGUACAUGAGGGUAUCAAGAUAUACUGUAGUGUAGCUUGUAUCUUUGAUAGCUUUGAAUAAGAGUACUGUGUAACCAACCCAAACAUUGUGCUUGUUAAUAUGAGAAGAGCUAUUGUGUCAAUGAUUGACAGGGUUUACCUCUAUAAUGGUUUCGAGGUCUGUCUUUUUCAGCAUUCCUUGAAUUCCGCCAUUUCUGGAGUCGGGCAAGUGAGAGGAGAACAGCUGCCUUUCCCAGAAAGUUUUGGAAAUGUUUCAUGACUCCUGUUGGUUUAAUGCCAUAUAUCAGGUUUGCAAUAGUAACGGCCCUGUCCCUAGUUUAUCUCAGUG